AGCUGGAAAGAGCCGGAGCCUGGGGGGACCUGGCCGGAUAGGUAUGGGGGAUCGAGGCCGGUCCCCCCAGGGCAGCCCCCCAACUCUAAGCACUCUCACCCUCCUGCUGCUCCUCUGUGGACAUGCUCAUUCUCAAUGCAAGAUACUGCGCUGCAAUGCCGAGUACGUGUCGUCCACCCUGAGCCUUAGAGGUGGGGGGUCGCCGGGAGCCCAGCGUGGAGGAGGAGGAUCAGGAGGAGGGGGCCGAACUGGAGGGGGCGGCUCUGGCGGCCUCUGCCGAGCCCUCCGCUCCUACGCGCUCUGCACCCGGCGCACGGCCCGCACCUGCCGCGGGGACCUGGCCUUCCACUCUGCGGUGCACGGAAUCGAAGACCUGAUGAUCCAGCACAACUGCUCCCGCCAGGGCCCCACGGCCCCGCCCCCGGCGCGCGGCCCCGCCCUCCCCGGCGCAGGCCCCGCCCGCUCCUCCGGGCCCCCAGCCCUGGACCCCUGUGACUACGAGGGCCAGUUUGCCCGGCUGCACGGCCGUCCCCCGGGCUUCCUGCACUGCGCCUCCUUCGGGGACCCCCACGUGCGCAGCUUUCACCACCACUUCCACACGUGCCGUGUCCAAGGAGCUUGGCCCCUGCUGGAUAAUGACUUCCUUUUUGUCCAGGCCACCAGCUCCCCCGUGGCUUCGGGGGCCAACGCCACCGCCACCCGGAAGCUCACCAUUAUAUUUAAGAACAUGCAGGAGUGCAUUGAUCAGAAGGUGUACCAGGCUGAGGUGGGCAACCUCCCGGCAGCCUUUGAAGACGGGUCGGUCAAUGGAGGUGACCGCCCUGGGGGCUCCAGUCUGUCCAUUUGGACUGCGGACCCUGGGAACCACGUGGAGAUCCGAGCUGCCUAUAUCGGCACAACCAUAAUCCUCCGGGAGACAGCUGGGCACCUCUCCUUCUCCGUCAAGGUAGCAGAGGACGUGGCCCGGGCCUUCUCGGCUGAGCAGGACCUGCAGCUCUGUGUUGGGGGGUGCCCCCCAAGUCAGCGGCUCUCUCGCUCCGAGCGCAGUCGUCGGGGAGCGAUGACCGUGGAUGCGGCCAAGCGGUUGUGCAAGGAAGGGCUGCCGGUGGAAGACGCUUAUUUCCACUCGUGUGUCUUUGAUGUUUUGAUCUCCGGUGACCCCAACUUCACUGUGGCGGCCCAGGCAGCUUUGGAGGAUGCCCGGGCCUUCCUGCCAGACUUAGAAACGCUGCACCUCUUCCCCUCGGAUGCCGGGGUUCGUCUUUCCUCCGGAACCCUCCCAGCCCCACUCCUUUCCGGGCUCUUUGUUCUGUGGCUUUGCGUUCAGUGACGGCCCGUGACCCCAUGACUGGUUUGGAAAUGAUCUGGGUUUAGAGACCGGCAGAGAAGAACACAGAGAAUCGGCGGAGGAAACAGGGGUCACUAGAAGAAAGGGGAAAUAAUAACAUUUAACCAGAGUCACAUAAGGCUGCAGUCCUGGACUGAAAUGAUCACUGAAUAAGGGUUCUGGGCAAAGCUUCUGCAAUCAAGACCUCUGCGGAGGGCUCUUCCUCCGUUUUCCCAGUCCCGGUUAUGAUACAUGAACUAGUCUAGUCCAUCCCCUCCUGAAAUCAUCCCAACAACUGUAAAGGUUAUAAGGGUCCUGAUGACCAGGAGAAAACUUAAAGAUUUAGACUUUUGAGAGGAAAGAAUUGAAAGAGGACAUUGUGAUGGCUAUCUAGGAGUGAGUCAAAGAUCUAAUGAUAUUUUCUCUUGGGAAAUGGAAAGAGGAGGAAAUGAUUAAAGACAGAAUAUAUUUGACUAAUAUAAGUUGGUAAGAGGUGUUCUGCUUUCUCCGUUUAGAAAUGAAGUGAUGGUCAUCGGGAUCUUAGGAGAAGGUAUGUCUGCCUUUGGAGGGUGGUGCAGAUAGGAAAGAAGCUAGCAUCCACCCCUAAAUAAUAUGUUAUUAAAGCUAUAAAUUCUUCA